AUGAUUCAACAAGAUAUCAUCACAAAUAAUGAUCCGUCAAUCGUACUACAUGAAAACACAGAUAAAGAUAUUACAUCUGUAGAUAAUAACAAUAACAACAAUAGUAGCAGUACUACUACCGACAAAGAAAAUGAUCAAGAUAAAGAUGAGAAAUCAAUAUUAACACAGGCGAAUAUACCAGCUGGAAUUCAAAUUAUCCCGCCUUCACCUUCACCUUCACCUUCGACUUCGACGUUGACUUCAACACCAAUCUCCAAUUUCAAUCCUCCAACCACAACAAACAGAAAAGCUGUAUCCUCAUCAACGAAUCCUUCUUCGUCUUCGAGCGGCGCAAUUGCAGGAACAGCUUUACAGAACGGUGACCGAACUCAGCAUCACAAUCCUGCAUCGUCUUCUUCUGCUUCUGCGUCUUCUUCGGCUACCGCUUCUUACAGGAUACCGCCUACAAAAACAUCACGUCCAACUACAAAUGGUCAGCAAUCAUAUCCUCAUUCACGUCAUAUAACGCGUAAACCUUCUUCUCAUAUACAACCUCAAUACCAGCCACAAUCACAAUCACAACAUCCAGAUUACAGCAACAGCAACAACAACAGCAAUCAAAAUAACAAUUCACUGAAAAGGGUAUCUAUUGACGAUAACAAUCAUCACAAUCAUUUCUAUUCAAUCACAACUUCUUCAGACGUUUAUACACCUACACAAGAAAACGGUCAUUUUGGUAUAACGAGGCGUAGACAAUCUAUAUCAACACCAAAUAACAAUUCCAACAACAACAGCAAUAAUAGUAAUACCAACAAUCCAUAUUCGUCCCCGAAACGUCAACAAUCUAGUGGAUUGAAAUCACCUCCUGUUGUACCCUCUUCUUCAAGUACUCUGGGCUGGUUAACCGGUAAUAGGUUAACACUACCUCCAAACAAUAAUAAACAUUCAAAAUCAGACGACGAGAGGGAAGAUAUAGACGAAGAGGAAGAUUCUCAUUCAAAUACAAGUACAAAUACAAAUACAAAUACAAAUACAAUCAGAAAACAGAAAAAGUGGGAUUGGAGAAUGUCGAAUAAUUUACCAAAUUAUGGUGAAUCAUCAAGAUCAGGUUCAGCUUCAGCUUCAACUAGUAGCAGUCUGAUGAAUACACCUUUGAUAAGUAUGACACCUCCUUCAGCUACCGACUCGGGUUAUAUGCCACCUCCUCUACCUGUCAACAAUUUCAAUUACUCCAAUACAUCACCACCUAGAACCUCUAUACUUCCUUCUCAAGCCCCGUUAGGAUCGUCGUUACAACCACUUGCACAAGAUCCGAAUAAUAUCUUACCUUUAUCGUUAGCCUCUUCACCUUUCACUUCCCCUGCUCCAUCACGUGCGCCAACCCCUCUACAUUCCCCUUAUCCAUCCUUGCAAGAUUUAGCAUCUGAAUAUGCAGCAUCGGCAGCUCCUGUACCGAGUGGAUCCGGAUCAAGUCCAAGAACUUCAAUCUCAACUUCUAGUUCAAGAUAUGGUUGGGGAACGGGCAGAUCAGAUUCAAGAUCUUCUGAGGAAGAAGAAUCGAGUGGUCCAAUCACAACUUCUCAUCGACCCGUAACGACUUCAGGUUGGUGGCAACAUCAACAUGUUGAUAUACCCGUUUCACCAAAAGUCAAUUUAUCGUCAAGUGUACCACCUAGAUUGUUAAGGAUGUCUUCUGCUACAGCAAGUAAAUUCAUACCUACCGGAACUAGAAAUUGGGGUUGGUUAUUUGGAAUGGUUCGCGAUAGACUCACAAAUGGCGGUUCUUCGUCGUUAACGAGAAGAACGGAGAGUACAGGAAGAAAAAAUAGUAUUUCUGCCAAAGCUAGGAAUAGAGAAAGGGAAAGAUUGAUGUCUGGAUCUAUAAGCAGAGUAGGUAGAAAAAGAGAUCAAAAAGUCUUGGGUUCAAAGAAGUUGGCUAGGAUAAUGGCUUUUGUUCCAACUGAACCUUGGAGUAUAAGCUUGUUCCUCAUCUUCUUCGUUGCUUUCGCUGUCACUAUGACUUUCACCAUAAAACAUAUCCUUAAUCCUGAUAAAGAACCAUUACCGUGGCAACAAUAUUGUACUUCGAAUUACCCAACUCUAUAUUCCCUACAAGAUCCCUUCUUACCUCCUCCUUACGUCAAUUCAGAUGUCAACUCCAACCCAUCUUUCCCUUCUUCGCAACAUAUAGAAUCGGUACCUGUCAACUCAUUCGCACCAUCUUCUUCCAAAUCAUUGACCUUAAUGCCUCUAACUCCUGAACAUCCAGCAUGGCCAUAUCAUCCUCAUUCAACUCCACCCAAUAUGACAGUAGCAGAGCUGGAUGAAACGAUAGAUCCUGUAGGCAUAUUGAUCGGUGUCUUCACCACUGAUGUCGGGUUGGAAAGAAGACAUAUGAUAAGACAAAGUUACGCUUCACAUUGGAGAUCUAGAAAAGAGGGUACAGAAGGUGUCAGGAUCAGAUUCGUCAUGGGAAGACCGAGGAAAAGGUUUGAAAAAGCCGUUCGACUAGAAAUGGAAGCUUUCAACGAUAUUCUUCUAUUGGAUAUGGACGAAAACAUGAAUAGCGGCAAAACUCACGCUUUCUUCUCCUGGGCAGCUGAAAACGCAACUGUUCCGUCGUGGGAGUACCCCAAACAUGAAGGAUUGUCCGAAUCGAUGUCUGAACAAGGUGAUCGGAGUAGACCUGCACCUAUCUGGAAAGGUGAACGGAAACCCAAUUACGUCGUCAAAGCAGACGAAGAUGCCUUUAUCAUGCUCGGUGAAUUAGAAAAGAAAUUACGAGUUGUUCCUAGGACAAAAGCUUUCUGGGGAUACCUCGUGAAAAAUACAUUCAUGGCUGGAGAAUGCUACGCCUUGUCAUUCGAUCUUGUCCAGUAUAUUCACGCUUCACCCGCUUUGCGAACUCUGACUCGAGGAAAAGAAGAUAAGCUGGUGGCCAAAUGGAUGAACAUGCACCCUGAGAGAGAACAGAUAGUCUGGGCAACGGAAAGAUGUUGGAUUUACGAUCAUCCCAAAGCCGGCACUGUCUACUCCCACGGAUUCCUCUUCCCUUCCGCAGUCGCUGGUGUUCGAUCAGAGAAUCAAACUGGUAUCUCACCAUCCGCAUUAGCUUUGAGAGGAGGACUCAUUCAAGCAGAUUCGUACUCCACGGUAUCUAAAUUUGGAGUUGCCUAUAAACCUAUCUCGGUCCACAUGAGUGUCCCAGAACAAGUUGAAGCCUUGAUUGAAGGCUCGCCAUUAUCUCUUUUACGUGAUCAACAGCAUCAGUCAAAAUCGUCUUCUCCGGAUACGCAACAUGAUCAAAGACAGGUUUACUCCGAAGUUGAUAAUGUGAGAGCGAAGAUUGAUAGGGCAUAUAAUGAUAGACCUAGUAGAAAGGAGAGGUUCUUAGGUGAUCAAGAUGAGAAUGGAGGAACGGUAGUCGUUCAUUACCUCAAACGAAACGAUUGGUUCAUUGAGACUAUGGUUGCCUUGCUUGGAUCAUCGGAAGAUCAAGAUACAUGGCAUAGAGGUGUUGGAACUGGUUUAGGUGCAUUGGAAAGAAGAAAAGGUAGAGUUGUAAAUAUCGACAUUGAUAAAAAUACAAGGGUGGAAAACGAUAAUAACAAUGGAAUAGAGAUGGAGUUCGAAGAUGAGGAUGAAGAAGGUUUAAAAUUAAGUAAAGGUGAAGGAUUGUAA